CUGCAACAACAGAACAAUACCAACGUACACAAAGCACAGUGCACUUAUUAAAUAGAAAGUAUUGUUAUUAAAAAUUAAACUUCAAAAUGAUGGACGGCGUAGAUGAGUCAAACAUAUUGAAUAGUCCCGUAAAAAACAAUGGCGGUACAAUGGAAAUAUCAUCGCCCAAUCCAUUGGAAGCAGCAGCGCUACCAACUACAACAACAACAACAAAUGGCAGCGGCAGUGCAACCUCACCGGAAAGCUCUUCUUCAGCGCCAGUGACACCUGCUCCUUUGGGUGAAAAUGCGCUGCAUGUGGAAAUUUCUGAUGCGCUAAGUGAAAAGGAAAAGGUCAAGUUUACCGUACACACGCGCACUACAUUACCUGGAUUUUCCAAAAAAGACAACAAUGUUGUGCGGCAGCAUGAAGAAUUUGUCUGGCUGCAUGAUCGCAUUGAGGAGAAUGAAGACUAUGCAGGCUACAUUAUACCGCCUUGCCCGCCAAGACCAGAUUUUGAUGCAUCACGCGAGAAGCUGCAGCGUUUAGGUGAGGGCGAAGGUAACAUGACCAAGGAGGAGUUUAAGAAAAUGAAAUCGGAAUUGGAGUCCGAGUACCUUGCUACUUUCAAAAAGACUGUUGCCAUGCAUGAGGUAUUCCUGCGUCGCCUGGCGAGCCAUCCUGUAUUCCGCAUUGAUCAGCAUCUAAAAGUAUUUCUUGAGUACGAUCAGGACUUGUGCGCCAAGCCACGCAAGAAGAUGGCCAUCUUUGGUGGUUUCGUUAAAUCGCUAGGCAAGACUACUGAUGAAAUUCUUUUAAGUGCUACAGUGCGUGAUGUUAAUGAUUUCUUUGAGAAUGAACUGCAAUUUCUUACUGAAUAUCAUGGACACUUGAGAGAGGCUGCCACGCGCACGGAGAAAAUGACGCAACGUCAUAAAGAUGUGGGCGAUUCGCAUCAAAAGAUUUCGAAUGCGCUAACACAACUAUCAACUACAGAGCAAGGGCAUAUGGAGACCUUUGUGGCUAAGGCAGCAGAAGUGUUUGAGCGCAUCAAAAGUUUGGAAACACGCGUGGCCAGCGAUCAGGAUCUAAAAUUGGGCGAUACUUUGCGUUAUUAUCAGCGUGACAGCGAUGCAGCCAAGGCGCUAUUGAUACGACGAUUACGCUGUUUGGCUGCCUAUGAGACUGCCAAUAGGAAUCUGGAGAAAGCACGCUCCAAAAACAAGGAUGUGCAUGCGCCUUUGGAGGUGCAAGAGGCCGAAACGGCGCAGGCUGAAGCUUGUGAAAAAUUUGAAUCAAUGUCAGCUUGCGGCAAGGAGGAACUUAUUGGUUUUCGAAAUCGGCGUGUGGCAGCCUUUAAAAAAAGCCUUAUCGAAUUAUCUGAGCUGGAGAUCAAGCACGCCAAAAAUCAAUAUGACUAUUUGCGCCAGUCACUGUUAGCUUUAAAGGAGAUCGCCUGAGAGCUGGAUAAUUUGUUUUUGGCAUCUACAUUUGUUUGCACAUUGUUUAUACACCUUCUAAGCCAAGUCCCCCAAGGAGUAAAUCAAUUGGUUAUUUGCUAAGCAAACAGUUUUAUUAACUAUAUACUAAUUACAUACCACAUAUUAACAAAUAUACAUACAUACAUGAAGAAUACGCAUAUACAUGCAUAUGUAACUCAAUAAGCUAUUACAUGUUUUUUGUUUAUAAAACAAAACGCUUUUAUAUAUCGUAUUAUAUAUAACGAGCAUUCCUUUAUCAAAAUGAAUAUUGUAAACGCUU